CUCAGGAAGCAGGAAGCUGAAGGAGGCAGCGCGAGGAGGAGCCGGGGAGAGAGCUCGGUAGUGGGCCUUAGCAGCCACAGCUGCGGCCGGAGUUUAGGCGACCACCUUCUUCCCGCCUUCGCCGGGGGCUGCGCGCUCAAACCAGAAUUAAUUAAGGAGGAGCAAACAUGCAGAGCACUUCCAAUUAUCUCUGGCUUCUGUCGGACAUCUUGGGUCAAGGAGCCACUGCAAAUGUUUUCCGUGGAAGGCACAAGAAAACUGGAGAUUUAUAUGCUGUCAAAGUAUUUAAUAAUUUCAGUUUCCUUCGCCCUGUUGAUGUUCAGAUGAGAGAGUUUGAAGUAUUAAAGAAACUGAAUCACAAAAACAUUGUUAAAUUAUUUGCCAUAGAAGAAGAGACAACUUCUAGACAUAAAGUCCUCGUUAUGGAAUUUUGUCCAUGUGGCAGUUUAUAUACUGUGUUAGAAGAGCCGUCUAAUGCCUAUGGGUUACCAGAAACAGAAUUCUUAAUUGUGUUGAAAGAUGUUGUGGCUGGGAUGAACCAUCUUCGGGAGAAUGGAAUUGUGCAUCGGGACAUCAAACCAGGCAAUAUAAUGCGUGUUAUAGGUGAAGAUGGACAGUCUGUUUAUAAAUUGACAGACUUCGGAGCUGCUAGGGAACUUGAUGAUGAUGAACAAUUUGUCUCUCUCUAUGGAACAGAAGAGUAUUUGCAUCCAGAUAUGUAUGAGCGAGCAGUAUUGAGGAAAGAGCAUCAAAAGAAGUAUGGUGCAACAGUUGAUUUGUGGAGUAUAGGGGUGACAUUUUACCAUGCUGCAACUGGAAGUUUGCCUUUUCGACCCUUUGAAGGGCCUCGCAGAAACAAGGAAGUGAUGUAUAAAAUUAUAACUGGAAAACCUUCUGGUGCAAUAUCUGGAGUGCAAAAAGCAGAAAAUGGCCCCAUUGAGUGGAGCCGUGACAUGCCUGUUUCCUGCAGCCUUUCAAAGGGACUGCAGGUAUUACUCACCCCUGUCCUUGCAAAUAUUCUUGAAGCAGACCAAGAGAAAUGCUGGGGAUUUGACCAGUUUUUUGCAGAAACAAGUGAUAUACUACAUCGGAUAAUCAUCCAUGUCUUCUCUUUGCAACAAAUGACCUCACACAAAAUUUACAUUCACACGCAUAAUGAUGCUGUCAUGUUUCAUGAAUUGGUCUACAAACAGACGAAAAUACCUGCAAAUAACCAAGAGUUUAUAUAUGAAGGCCGACGUUUUGUAUUAGAAUCUAACAGAUUGGCACAAGCAUUUCCCAGAACAACUGAAGAAAAUCCCAUAAUUGUAGUGAGCAGAGAGGCUGUAAACAUUAUAGGAUUACUCUAUGAAGAAAUUCUACUUCCUAAGGUGCACCAACGUUAUGAUUUGGAUAGUGAUGCAAGUAUGGCUAAAGCAGUGACAGGGGUUGUAUGUUAUGCUUGUAGAGUUGCCCAUGCUUUACUGCUGUAUCAAGAGCUAAUGCGAAAAGGAAUAAGAUGGUUAAUUGAAAUUAUCAAGGAAGAUUACAGUGAAACUUUCCAUAAGAAGACAGAGGUUGUUCUCAAACUGGAAUUUUGCAACAGAAAUAUAGAAAAGGCUGGGGAAAUGUAUAAAAAUUUGUUACAAAUCAACUUGGCACCAUCAGAAGUGGAUGAAAUUUCAGACAUACAUUCAAAGGUGUUACGGCUUUCUAGUUCACGAGUAACGAUAGAGACCAGUCUUCAAGAAAUCAAAAACAAACUCUCUGCUAGUGGUCUGCUUUCUGAUAGCUGGACAAAUCAGGAAGGAACACAUCCCAAAGACAGAAACCCAGAAAGGUUACAAGUGCUGCUGAGUUCUAUAACAGAUAUCUAUUACCAGUUUAAAAAAGAUAAAGCAGAACGAAGGCUUCUGUAUAAUGAGGAACAAAUUCACAAAUUUGACAAGCAGAAGCUGUUUAUACAUGCUACAAAAGCCAUGACUCUGUUCAAGGAAGAAUGUGUCAGCAAAUAUGAAACUUUCUUGGACAAGGCAGAGGAUUGGAUGAGGAAGAUGCUCCAUUUAAGGAAACAGUUACUGGCACUCCGAAAACUCUGCUUUGAUAUUGAAAAAGAGGUUUCCAAAUAUCAGGACUAUGUAAACAAGUUACAAGAAAAUUUGCCUCAUAAGAUGCUUGCAGCUUCUGGUGGGAUCAAACAUACAAUUAAUCCAGUGUAUCCAAGCUCAAAUACUUUAGUGGAAAUGACUCUUGGCAUGAAGAAACUAAAGGAAGAAAUGGAGGGGGUUGUUAAAGAGUUAGCUGAAAACAACCAUCUUUUAGAAAGAUUUGGUGCAUUGACUAUGGACGGUGGGCCACGGAAUGUUGAUUGCAUCUAGUUGUGCGUUGCCAGGAUGGAGAUUGUUGACUUUGCACAGAAAAGGACAUUCAUAAACAUAAAGAAUAUUCUGUACUUGAAUAGUCUUUCAGUGUUUAAAAGAAGUGUGUAAAUAUGUAUAUACUGUAAAUACAACAGAUCUCUCUCUUUUGGUAAUGUAAAAGUGUUCUUAACAUUUAAGCAACAUCAGAACUGUCCAUGUAAAAACAACUAUGGCUGCACAUUGUGGUGAAUACACUGCUACAACGCAUUUACUUCAAAUGCUAUCUUUGUUUUCUUGUGAACAUUGCCUGAGAAAUUGUGAUCUUGAACUUUGCUGCUUUUAAAAGGGCAAUUAAGCUUCCUCUUAAACCACCUGAAUGCUGAAUAUCUCACAAUAACUUAGAAUCGUCCCUGCUUCCUUUAAUUGUGAACAGAUUUCUCUUGCUCAUAUGCCUAAAAGAGAUACUUGCUUUCUGCAAGUUCUUAAAGGUAUCUCUUGACUCAGAGUGUGAAGAAAAUAAUUACCGAAUUUUUAAUCAUGUUCAUUUUGGUUCUGCCUGUUUUACCAAAACUAAUUUUCUCAUGGAUUUAGCAGUACAUAUAAAUUCAGCCAUUUGCUAGAUUACAGAUGAAGGACAAAGUUAUAACAGUUUUAAGUAUUUUCUUUAGUAGUAUGCAGUGCAUUUCAAAUUCAGAAAAUCUUGUUAAUUCAUGCUGGAUUGUUCUUGUCCCCCCCCCCCCCCAGUACCCUUAACUUUUAUUGAGACUUGCAUAUUAAUGAUAAACAAUAAGGUUGGUACAAACCAUUGCAUAUAUUGAUUUCCAUUCCAUUCAAAUAAAGUGAUAGAAAACUGUUUCAUUUUAGCUGAAGCAAUUUAAAGAUAUUCCAUGUUAAAAAAAAUAUAUCAUCAAUAUAGAAAUUACAUAGAUGUAAUUACAUAAUUGUUAGACAUUUAGGAAUGGAUCCAGAUUUAAUGAUACUUCAGCUAGACUCACUGAUUUCAGUGAGUCUUCUGUACCACAUUGGGAUCAAGCCCAUUGUAUGUAUUCCCAAAGCUUCAUACAUAAUAACUAUGGAGUAAAACAAGCUGAUUGGCGACAGUUGCACUUAUUCUGAAUGCUAGUGAAGUAAGGCUGAAGUUCUAAGCAGGUUUACUGAGAAUCAGUGCAGGGAGAGAACAACUGGUUUAUUUGAAGAAUUUAGGGCAGGUGAGGCAUUUAUGUCCCAUUUCCUUUCAGUGAAGGUUACAUAGUUCAUCAGAUUUACACCUCUGUCUCCUCCCUUUUGGUAUGUAAAAAAAAAUCCAUCCUUUAAUCUCAGUAAUACUUUGGGGGCAAUAAUAACAUUUCUGCUUUUUGAUUUUUAAUUGAACUGAGAGAACUGAAAUGCACUUUCUUUGUUUUGCUACUGUUUGUUUUGAAAAUUCAACCCAUUAGGAAGAGCACAGGCAAUCUGUGAUGGGGAAGGCUGCAAUCCUGCUCAAUGCUGCUUAAAUCUCAUUAAUAAAUGGAACUUGAAAGCAGGGGUAUGUGGGCACAAGGGAGGACAGAUUCUGCCUUGGAAGGAUCAAGCUGUAGGUAGUAAUUUCAUGUGAAAUCAUGCUGCCUUACUGUAUAUAAAAUGCCUACUUAGAAAUGUUGAGAUUAUAUUUCUGUAAUGCACUUAUUUUAUGGAAUCAUUUUGUACUCUUUAUUUUACAGAAUCAUUAUUUUACAUAAUUGCUUUUGUUUAAUAAUAGUAUUAUUGAGGGGGAAUGGAUUUUAUUUUCUUGCUACUGAAUCAGUCUCAGUGAGUAGUGAAAUAACAUACUUGAUAUUGUAAUUGAUAAAAGGUUUCUUCUUA